AUGGCUACUGAUCACAGCCAUGGACACGCUCGUGUCCCUAAUACUCUCGAGUGGCUUGCCAAGACAAAGAGGGGAGAUUACCUUGUACAGGUAGCGUGGCCGCUGUGUUGGGGUGAGGAUCGCGUUGCUGCUGAGAAUGAGGAGGUCAACUUGGUCUACCUUGUCGAUGGAAAUGCAUAUUUCUUCACAGCUGUUGAUGUGUCUCGCCGUCUGGAGUACCUCAACAGCACAAGAACUGUUCUUGUAGGCAUCGGGUACCCGCCCAGUAAAUAUAUCUACGACUUCCGCCGGGGUCCAGAUCUUACACCACCAGCCGAUGAGUAUGACAUGCCACUCGACAGAUAUGGCAAGCCUCGCACCGACAUCUCAUUCGGCGAGGCCAAUGAAUUCCUCGAUUGGAUCAAGGCCGACAUUAUGCCCUACGUCGAGGACAAGCUCUUCCCCAAGGCUAACCUGCACACCGGUCGCAAAGCCCUCUUUGGACAUUCAUACGGCGGCAUCUUCACACUCAACACCAUGUUCACCCAGCCAGAGCUCUUCAACACAUACAUCGCCGCCAGUCCCGUGAUCUGGUGGAACAAGGACUUUUUGAUCCGCGAGCGAGAGACUGCUUUCCUGGCGCGUGACAAGCCCGUUGAUCCUCCAUUCUCGCUAGCUCUCACCUGGGGCACUGGGAAGUCAGACCUGGUGAGAGAGCCUGACGAGUCUGAUGAGAGAUGGUACAAGAGGCAGAAUUGUGCCGAGGAUGAUAAGAUGAGAGACAGCGCGAAGGCUUUAGUGUCGCGCUUGGAUAAUUGUCCAAGUGUGAAGAAGAUCUGGACGCGCGAGUUUGAGGGUGAGGAUCAUGGAAGUGUGGCGGUGACAGGUCUUCAGCAGGGACUCAUGCAGUUCAUUCUUGGCAAGAUAUAA